UAUAAUCACGCAUCUCGUCCAGGGGAUUCCCACGCUCGCCUCCCUCCUCCCCCCCAACAUCGAUUUGAAUCACAGCACCAACCAUGGAUCCGCUUGUCAACCAGAUUCCGUUGCCCCAGGGCUGGAUCAUCCAGCACGACCCUGCCUCGGGCCGCAUCUUUUUCGUCCAUGUUCCCUCGGGUCAUGUCCAAUGGGAAGAUCCCAGAUCUCAGGCAUACUUUCCUCCGGCCGAUCCAGGGGCUAGAUACUCAACACCGAUGCACCAGGGAACCCAACCCGGUGUCCCGCCAGCAGUUUAUCCACAGUAUGCUCCCGUCAAUACUGCCCUCCCCUCAGCUGCUCCUGCUGGCGCAACAGGGGACCGAUUUCUUGGUCUCGGCGGAAAAGCCGGACUGCUCGGUACGAUAGCUGGCCUGGCUGGCUCGGGAAGCCACGGACACGGAAGCAGCGGCUCUGGUGGGUCCCUUGGAGCGCUCGGCGGCCUGUUCGGCGGCGGCAGUCACAGCGGUCAUCACUCGGCGCACUAUUCUGGCUCGCAUUAUGAUCCGCACUACAAUCCGCACCACAAUCCGCACCACAAUCCGCACCACAAUCCGCAUAGUCCCCACCACGGCUCGCACGGAAACAGCGGUGGCAACAUGCACGGGCUCAUGGCUGGAGCGGCGGCUGGCGGGCUCGGUGCGCUGGCACUCGGAAAGGUCGGCAAGAAGUUUUCCAAGCACAAGCACCAUGGCUACUCGAGCGACUCGAGCUGACGGAGUGGAUCCAGGGGAUUCGAGCGGAUGGGUCCAUUGAUUGGGACGGCAGUACACUUUAUUCAGAAAAAAACGGGACAAUAUAGCCGUUUCCAUGAACAUGUAGUAUGUGCUGUGCUUGCGUCAAGCAAAGCCACAAGAAAUAAAACAGAUCACUUUGGCAGCCUCCGAGUGAAGACCGCCGGUCGCUCUCCGAUCUCCACAAUCGACCUGCACACUGUGAUCAUGUUGCGCGCCGCAUUGACGUCGCGAUUCCACACUGUCCGGCAGCUGGGAUUCUUGCAGCUCCUGACAAAGUGGGAAUUCGCAACACUGGGCGCAUCGAGU